GAGAACAUAUUCAUAAUCAGGUCCAUCAUGUUUAGCACGAGACUGACUGAGAACCCCACAUCCUUAGCCUUGAAUGUAGCAUUUCAGAAGCAAAUCGGUGAUGUUUCCGAAGAUUAUCAAGGAUCUUACCUGUUCAUUUCAAGUCAUUCUGAAGCCAUCAACAUUGAGAGAAUUGCUAAUGACAUAAUAGAUGUGGUGUUCACAAACUCAAGAUAUAGACUAGUAGCUUGUAGCAACAGUGAAACAUUGAGUAAUGCCGAGUGUCGGUGUAAACCUGGAAAUGAGCAAGAAUGCAUUGCAUGUCCAUUAGGUCAGUUUAGAUCAGGUGAAGAUUGCCAGCCAUGUCCUGAAAACACUGCCUUUCCUCUGCAACCUUCACAUAUCUGCCCUUGUAAAGUGGGCUACUUCAGAAACACUGCGAGCCAUCCCGACAGAGUCCAGUUUGAAGACCCCAUUAACGAGGAAGCCAGUCACAAGUGUACAAAGCCACCCAGUGCUCCACAGAAUGUGUCAAUCGUCGUAACAAACACUACCCUAACUGUUAGCUUGUCACAACCUGUUGAAGACGGUGGGAGGACUGAUCUCUACUAUCAGGUGGAAUGGAGUGGCAGUAACCCACUUGAGCUCUCUGGCAGUGUCUACGUCAGUGGGUCGUCAAGGACUAGAACAUUCACUGGUCUCAAACCGUUCACAAAGUACUGUGUUAGGGUGACUGCCCACAACGGAGUCAGUGACCAGGAUCAUCUGGGGUUGAGUCUCAGGAGAGUGAUGGAGUGUGCCGUUACUCUACCUGCUGUGCCUAGUGUAGUGACUGGUGUGCAGGGAGCAUAUCCGUAUGUGGUGUGGAACCCUCCAGAGGAGCCAAACGGAAUCAUCACCAAUUACUCCCUGACCUUCACUUGCUGUGGAUCGAAAAAUACAAUAACUACUAUCAAUGAUUGGCCCUUCUAUGUCGUUCAACCGUCUGAUUGCCCCUGCUCGUCAGAGUCCAUCAAUAUAACAGUCUCUGCGGUAAACAGUGUUGGAAAGGGGCUUCCAUCUGAAUAUUUCAAUCUUUUAUCUCCAUGUUCAACUCCAUCUCUACCUACUGUCCGUAACGAGAUAUGCCAGCUACCUUGUGUCAAUGGAAUGUGCAAUACCACCACUGGAGACUGUGACUGCUCUCCUGGAUAUACUGGUGUUGUCUGUGAUGAAGAUAUACGGGAGUGUGAGGACAAUAACGGAGGCUGUGAUCACAUCUGCACUGACUUUCCCGGUGGCUACAACUGUUCAUGCAAACCUGGGUUCACUCAACUUACCUCAAAUGGAAGCUCUUGCCAAGACACUGAUGAGUGCGGGGGUGGGAGCCAUGACUGCAGUCAGAUCUGUGUCAACACUCCUGGAUCAUACAACUGCAACUGUCAGCGUGGCUUUCAGCUAGUCGGUGGCACAGAGUGUGAAGAUUUGAAUGAAUGUGAAGCCUUUCCUAAUGGUUUUUGCAAUCAAGUGUGUGUUAACACUGAGGGAUCUUCUCACUGUGACUGUAGAGAGGGAUACCGCCUGUUUGGAUCGUCUUUCUGCACAGAUAUUGAUGAGUGCAGUGAAGGGAUUGAUACAUGCAGUAAGAUUGGACCCACACCGGCUCGCUGUAUCAACACUGAAGGGAGCUACAGGUGUACAUGUGAUGAGUAUAUUGGGUACCGUUUGUCUACCAGUGGUACCACUUGUGAAGAUGUGGAUGAAUGUGCUGAAGGACCGUUCCUCUGUACAGAGACCUGUAUGAACACACCUGGUUCCUACAGCUGCUCUUGCCCUGGAGGAUAUGAUCUUGAUGUGGAUCAAAUAUCCUGCAGAGAUAUUGAUGAGUGUAUAAACAUGAAUGGUGGCUGCCAGCAUUCCUGUACCAACACACCUGGCAGCUUCAGAUGUAGCUGUGAGCAGGGAUAUAGGCUGUUGGAUGAUGGAUUACAGUGUGAAGCUCUCAGUUGUGAUCCGGUUCUUGAAGCUCCACUGAAUGGUGAAAUGGAGUGUGACAGACAGACAGUGGGUGGGACUUGCAGGUUCACCUGUGACGAGGGCUACACUCUGAGAGGCUCAGACAGUCGGACAUGUCUCCCCUCCCUCCAGUGGAAGGAACCUCCUGCCAUAUGUGACCCUCCAAUGUGCCCUCACCUCACUCCUCCUGAAAAUGGAUUUGUGUCGUUCCCAUGUACCAGAGAGGAGGGCCAUCUGUGUCAUGUUGUGUGUGCCCAUGGCUACAGCUUAGUGGGUCCAAGCAGUCAGACAUGUAGAAAGGAUAACAUGGGCAGUCUUGUGUGGAGUGAUGGACCACAGUGUGUGGAGAGUGGUCUAUGUUACCCAAAUCCUUGUCUGAAUGGAGGAUAUUGUAUCGAGGCUGGCACUGAGUUUAGAUGUGUGUGCAAUGGAACUGCAACUGGUUAUGGUGGACAGACUUGUGGAGCAGUUAUUGUAUACUUCCCACCAAUCCCACCAGUGACUGAUGGAGUAUUUAUUCCGAUCGUGCUGUACACCAAUGUUAAUGAACUCCCUGAUGGAUUUGUUGACAGACAAAGAGUAGAUGUUAAACUUCCCAACCAGGAGAAAUUGCGGGCAAUAGUAGAUAUAGAAAGACGAGAAAGGAAUCCAACAAGUGUAAGAGGUGCAAUAGGUGUACUCACACUUAGUCUGCCAUCGAAUACUGACCGAGUCAUCUAUCUGCCAAGCGAGAGAAAUGUAUUAGUAACUGGAGGAUAUAAUAACGAGAGACCAUCGUAUUUUGAACAGUUAAAUCUCACAAGAGGACAGCUGCAGCCAAGUUGUUGCAGUGCAGAUGAUCAUGUCACACUAUCCUGUCCUGGAGACUCCACUCAGACAAUAUCACUGCUAUCACCAUGUCAGUGGACUACCACUGUUAAGGGUGUUACAAGAACAGAUGCUGGUGUUAUUUUUGUUCAGAGUAGUAACCUAUCUCUGCCAACUUCUCUUUCCAGCUUCAGAUACAGAGAUGUUUCUGGACGUUACACCAAUAACAUAAGGCUAGAAAUUGGUAACUGUGUAGCUUGCCAUGAAUGCAGCAGUACCAAUAGCCAUUGCUCCUGUUAUGAUCACACACCAGAUGACACUGUGGAGUUUCUCCAAGCUAGAGCCUUGGCCUUCACUUACAUAAAUCAAAUCCAGACAUUACUUCCAUCCUGGUUGGAGCUGUUUGUGGAUUUAGAGUUGUCGUUAGAGUCGAUUGCACCAACUAAAAACGACUUGUUUGCACCAGUCACUCGACCCAGUGAGCAAAUUUCCUCAUUUGAAGGUUGUGACAAACUAACAAACCUGGAAGGUAGUAGGUAUUCAGUGUUGAGAUAUGACAAAACUCUAUCAGCAGUGAUAGAUGGCCAGAGAUAUGACUACAGAGAGGACAAUGAGACUGGGACCACUGGAGAUGUCAUGUGUUUUGCAGUUGACUUGUGUCAUGAAUCAGAGUCUCCAGUUCACAUGCAGAUCUCCCAGCCAAUCAAUGACAUUCUAGUCUACCAGUAUCUCCGUGGGUUCACUGACAGACAGUGGAAGAUUCUCCUCAAUACUGUGUCAGUCUUCAAACAGUCUGUUACUCAAAGUAGUCGAUCUAUAUUUUGGAAUGGAGUGGAAAUGAUCCUUUUCCCUGACAUAGAGACUGAUGUUUCAGUUAAUGGAUAUCUUUUAUCCAAAUUUCAUGAUGAUAUGAUCAAUAUGGAGGUUGAGUUUAAUGGAGAUGCUUCACUCAACUAUACAAAGCGAGAGGGACUACUCAAUGGAGAAGUUACAUUGCAGGUAACCAGCAUGAUUGCUGGAAAUAGACAAAUCUUUAAAAUCAGCAGCCCAAGGAGCACAGAGGCCUAUGUUCACAUUGGAAAUGUUGAUCCUUGCAAUAAUAAAGGAUAUGGACUUUCAUUCACAGCAAGUUACCAGCCACAACCUGGUGAGCUGUUCUUCACGCGACUUCUUCGAUUCACUGAAAUCACUCAGAGCUGUAGCUUCAGUGCCUUCUUGCCAAUAACCAGCGACUACAGAGCUCUUGGUCUCAGUCUACACACUGAGUGUCCUCUUCUUGCUAUUGGACACCUUAUCUUGCCUGAAAUGUCCCACACCAUCACCUUCAUUGGAUCAGAGAAUCCUAACUGCUUCACCAGUAACUUCCUUAAAGUUCCAGACCCAGCUCUUGUGAUUGAAUCUGAGUUGGUCAACAAUUGCUUGCCUCUUGGGAACAUCAUUGAACUUCAGGCCAACUCUACAGGUCCUGAUGUAGUGACUGUCUUUGGAAGAGAGGAUUCCGGACCAGUCUCUCAGUUUCAUUCAGUACAAGUGACUCUGUUUGGAGGAGUGUUUGAGUAGAGGCCACCGUCAGGAAUGAUCAGCUGACAAUCUCCACCAGUAGUGGUAGUGUGUUUGGCUAUCCAGCUGAGCUGACCAUCACUGCACCUUCCAACAAGACUGACUGGCAGGACCUGGAAUUGACUGUGGAUGGCUCUCUACUCCCAGGCAAUGGCAGCUUCAUGCAGAAACUGAGUAAAGCUGUUACAAGAAAACUGCAGAACCUUGCUCAAUCAGCAAAUUCACGACGAGAAGUAGCUCAGAUGUCUCUUCAUCAGUCAGAAGAGAGGCUGCUUGCAUGUGAGGAACGAUACAACCAGACAGUUGCAAAUUUGUCCGUGGCUGAACAAAAGAGAGAUGCUGCUAGUAAAAACCUUGGAAUAGCCACAAUGAGCUAUCGAGAGGUAGAGCAGCAGUUGAAUGACAGUCAAGAUCAGCUACAGGACAGUGACAAAUUGUGCACUGAAGAGAUUUGUAUGGAUGUUUGUAUGCCUGGAGUAGUGUGCAGGAGCUGCUCCAAACCUACCUUCAUACGAAAGACUGUCAACAAUUGCAUUGUCAGAGUCUUUAACUCUUUAGUCGAAAGCACAUGUUGUGAGAAUGUGCCGUGUGCUGUGAGAGCACCAGAUCCCUCGUGUAUUGCAAGGAAUGAAAUGUGUGGAGCCAUGCAGCACCAGAGUGCUGUAGACAGUUUACAGAACAGGAGAGACGUGUUUCAGGAGUUUCUUGAAGCUCAGAGGAACCUGUCUUUGGCCAAAGCUGCACAUAAGAAGGCAGGAGAUGAGCACAGCAUAUACGAGAAUAGGGCGCGACAGCUGGUUGUGAUGUUAGAAAAACUUCAAGAUGCACACAAUAAUUCCCUGACAGUUUAUGAAAGAACACUGGAAAGUGUUGAACCUCUGCUGAGACUCUUUGGAAAUCGACCAUGGCAAUGGGUAUCAGAAUGUCUUUAACAUCAAUCAUGUCACAUUCAAUACGAAAUUAACCAACAGUCCAACAUCCUUGGCCUUCAAUGUGGUGUUUCAGAAUCUGAUAGACAACAGUGGAACUGAGUACCGAGAAUCAUACCUGUACAUUUCAACACAACCAGAAGCAGUCAACCUUGAAAGAAUGGGCGAUGACAUAAUAGACACAGCAUUCAUUGGAGACUCCAAGCGAAGCAUGUUGCCACAGACAAGGCUGAGGAGACAGACAGCAGCAGCAGCUGCGGCAGGAACAGAAGGAACCUGAAAACUGACUUCAUUCAUCAUUGAGUGAUUGCUGACAGUUGUGCUGAUCAUUGUAGCUAUGUAGUUUUAAUUAAAGGACCAUGCAAUUUGUGCAUGCCAUUUCAGGUUUCUAUUGUGUCGAUUUUGAUUUUGAUCAGCAUGUAGUUGUUACGAAUGUGGCUGUGAGAUUAU